GUUUCCUCCUUCAUAUAUAUAUACUUCGAUAUUUCAGUUUUCCGUUUGAAUCAGGCGAAGCAAGUCACAAAGCAUUAUACACUUUUUCUAGAAUUCAGUAAUCCUCGACAUGUAUAUGGUUUGUGACGGAUUGAACAGCCCCAGGCUGCAGGGAGGAAAGGAAGCGGAAGCGGAUGGGAGUCAGUGGCCGUUUCCGGACAAGUACCACAUGAGGAACACCCGGAUCCUUCAGGUGUCAAAGGCUCAAAUCAGCGAGGUGCCCAUGGAGGUAUUCGAGGCAGCUCAGCAGGAGCUAGUGAAUAUCGUGAGCUUGGAUGGCAACAGGUUGCUCGAGAUGCCCAAAGAUCUGCCCUUGCUCUCCGAGCACCUCACCCAGUUGGUCCUGAACAAAAACCAGAUCUCCUUCGUUCCCACCAACAUCUCGCAGUACUCGAAGUUGACUAACCUGAGCCUCUCCAACAAUCUUCUGUGCGACUUGCCCAUGGAGUUGGGCGGACUGCGGCUGCUCCGCAAUCUGGACAUCUCCCACAAUCGCUUCCGCCAGUUGCCACGCUGCAUCUACGAGCUAGAGAGACUGGAAACCUUGUCGGCCCACGACAACCAGAUCCGUGCCAUCGAUGCUAGUGAAUCGGGCCUGGGCGGAAUGCGGGAACUGAAGAGAUUGAACUUGGGAAACAAUGACAUCCAAAUAGUGCCGCCGAUCUUGGGCAAAAUGCAGAAUCUCGUGGAAUUGGAGCUGUGGGGAAAUCCCUUCCGCCAGCCCCGCCACCAGAUUCUAUCGAUGGGGACUCCGGCGCUGCUCAGCUACUUGCGCACCCGCAUUCCUAUAUAAAUCAUAUAUUAUUUAUUAUUAAUUCAAAUCAAAUUUCAAAGUAUUGCCAAAUAAAUUGACAGCAGUGCAGUUUAGCCCCU